GCGGUGAUUUUGAAAUUUUUGUAAAUUUUGCUUCAAAAAGUCCCUGUUUUAUCUAUGAAAUCUCGACCAAGAUCACAAUACUACAUGAAAUACUAAACCACUGAAACUGCCACCAAAGAUGGAUUCAUUGACCACCCCAAUCCAUAUUGACCUGUAUGACUUUGAGGACCCAAAAUAUGAAGACAGCAAGUAUGUGCUUACAAGUCCAAGAUCUCUGGAGGCAUGUGCAAGAGUGGGAGUCAAGCCCAUGGAGCUGCUAUACAAACCUCUUGCCGAUUUUCAAGAAGAGCACCUGGCUGAAGGCACAUCUCUGCAAACAAUCUAUAACAUGUAUGACGAACAAGAAAAUGAAAGAAUACGCGUGCUCAAAUUAUGUCGUCAUGAACGCGACCACUUAGUCAGCGAAGAUGAGGUGAAGAGCAUCUCUAGAUUAUCUCCGAUCGCCGGUUCGUACAUAAGGCCAACAUCACCGGGGUCAGAAAUGAGGUCAAGGUCGCCUGCUACAAAUAAGAUGUCAUUUGCGUCCAAGUCGGCGACACUUUUACUUGAUGACAAAUUAAGGAAUUUGGAGAGGAAAACAGAGGCUGAUAACAGCAGGGACUCUCCAGUUGAUAAAGGCUCGCUCCAACGCAUCAGGACUGCCUGGGCAACAUCUGGUGGCGAUGGAGACAAACACGAAACAGGCGAGGAAAAAGAUAUCGAGGAUAAGGAAAAGCAUCUUUUUGAAAAGUCCGAGAAAGGGGCGGGGAAAUCGAUCCUUCGACAGAGGGCAUCGUCACUAGAGAGACCUCGCCGGCUGGCAUCACACUCUUCCAGGGAAUCCUCCAUCAGAAGUCGGACCAAUUCAGAAAGAAGUUUCCCACUCGACAACACCUGGGCGUCGGUUUUGAAAAAUUCAAUCUCGUCAGCAAAGCCAAUCCUCGAUUCUAAACUUCGCAACAGGCUGAGAGGUUGUAAUGUCGCAGGGGUUAGAAUACCUGAGCGGGAUCAAAAGAUACUCUCGUGUCUCAUGGCCAAAGAAGAAGACGAGAAGGAGCGGGCACGGAUGCGGGAAUCGGCUCUGAACGUCUGGGAGGAGGAGAGAAAGAAGGAGCUGAGGCAGAGGCAGAGGGAGGAGGCGGAUAGACGCAGAGCUUUAUUGACAAAGAGCGGAGAGAGACAAAAAAAACUGUCAGCCAAUGAGAGCAAGCGAAAGGAGGCUGAAGAAGCAGACCUAAAACAACGCGAGCAGAAGAUAGAAAUGUCUGAUAAACAUUGGCAGGAGCAGGCGGCAAAGUUGGAACGUGAUCGGCGCCAAAAACUGAUCGAGAAGAAACAACAAGAAAUGCAGAGACGACGCAGCGUUGAACGUAACCUGCAGGCGAAGGAGAAGGAGAAUGAAGAAUUUGGAAAGAUGGUCAUUCAGUAUCAGGACAACGCGAUCAAGAAAGCCUUGACAGCCAAGGAGGCGCAGUUACACGAGGAGAAAAUGAGGCGUCGACUGCAAAAUCAACGUGAAAUGAGAGACUUCAAGUCGAGGCAUCAACAAGUCGAAAAGAUGACCGAGGAAGAGAUUGAAGCCAUGAGAGCAAGCAUCGAGUACAAACACAAGAAAGCUGAGGAAAAUUAUGAGAAUAUUAACGUCAAGAAGUAUCAUGAAAUUGAGGCACAUCAUCGUGAGAGAGAGAAACAGGACAGGCUUUUGAAACAGAAUCUCGAGAAAAUGGAGAAAGAAAUGGAAGACUAUAAGAAGAAUUUGAGAGUCUACAGACAAGUGAAAGAGCAGCAGGCGGAUGAGAUUGUAAACACAGUGACGUUGAAGAAGAAACUGCGUGCACAGGAGGAGAGAGCGCAGAGAGAGGCAUUGCAGAGAGCAAAUUACAGAAAGGAACGAAAGAAAGAAGCUGCCCGCCUCCAUGAUAUGAAGGAGACGAUCGCGUGGAAGGAUGCCAAGGCCCAGGUCAUCCAGGAAGAAAAGGAACAAACUGUAUCGCAGCUGCGAGCUCUUGCUCAUACAUCGGAGCUCCUGAGAGGUGAGCUCAUGCAGAGAUACAACAAGGAUUCGUUUGACCAGAAGGUGAAAAAGGUCGAACUCGAGACGAAAAUUGGAGUAGGAAAUCGAAACAGUUUGCGGAAUUCAUCGUCUGUGAAAUUAUAUUGAGGGGUGUCAUUGGUCUGAAUGAAAGUAAAUAGACUCGGAGAAUAAUUUAGUUCAUUCUGAACUGUCAGCGAACUCAGGUCAAAUUCGGACUAUGAAUAUUUUGUUUGUAUGAGACAUUUGUGAGGCCUAUCUAUUGUAAAUCAUGAUAUCCUGUCCCACUGUGUGGUACUCGGGCGAGAUAACUGUAAACAGUAUUGGAUAAGUUGGGUACCUAAACCCCUAGGCUUGCACCUGGUACUUCAAAAUGUAGUCACAACUCCUCCAGCCCAAGAGUGACCCUUUUGUUGUGAUUGUCUUAAAAGUUAACUUGUUUGAUGACUCCGUCAUAGCUGAAAUGGUAAUGAGUAGUCGAAGGCUAAAGCUUGUAUGUGAGGAGGUGGGUUAUACCAAAGAAUUCCUGGGACAACAAAGUUUUAUUUUGGCAUUAUAUUUAUUUGACUUUUCAUUUAAAAUAGCAUUUGAUAUUAUAGAUUACUUAGAAUAGUCAAACAGUUUUAUAUGAAACCUUGGCAGGCCAAGUUUGUAACUAGCAUUUUACAUUUUUGUUUGUAAGAUUUUAUUGUAGUGUAUUUAAUGUUUAUUAGGUCCAUCUCGAAUCAUCUUGAAUUGUCAAAUGUAAGAGACCAUCUCAGACUCAGCGUUGCUUCAAGCCAGUAAUUAAUAAAGGCAUUUAAGCCCUUGCUAUCUCCUUUUUGAAGAAUUAAAAAAAGGCUUGAAAGUGGAGUUAAGGCAAAAACAUUGAGUCUUUUUCAGCUUUUAUUCUCUUUGAGAUGGUCUCAUACAUUACCUGUCAGCUUAUCGUAUCGAAAAUUUGAUUGUAAUAGUGAAGAUGUGAAUGUUUACUGUUGGUCGGUCAAGAUGUUUUGGAUAGGACAUUGAUUGUAGUUGUUAGAUGUAAAUAUGCCUGAAUAUGAAUUUCACCGAUGCCACUGUCUGGACAGAUAUACAACUAAAUGCCAACUUUCAGCAGAUUUGCAUGCAUAAUAACUGCACAACAGCACUAUGUAUUUCUGUUUACCUCAGCCACCAGUAAACACCAAACUCCUGAAAAGAUGUGAAAACUGUAUAUUGUCCAGCACCUCCCUCCACCUCAAAGACAGUAAAAGUAUUUGUACAUGUCAUGAAAUUACAGCGAAAUGUAUGACUGUGCGAUCUGUUUGAUGACAAAAAAAAGUUCACAACACA